GCAGGAUUCGUCCGACAGAUGGCUGUGUUGAAGUCGUUGAUGUUGGCAUUGCGCUCGACCGACUUGCAAGGCAUUUCAAUGUCGAUGGAUAUGAUGAAUUGUUGAAGGUUUUAGACGAAAAUGAUCCGCUGAAACACCUCAGAGAUGAAUUUGUAUUCCCCCAACACAUUCGUGAUGAUGCUGGUCAGAAGAGCGAUGAUGUUAUUUAUUUUUUGGGCAACUCUCUGGGUCUAAUGCCAAGACGAUCGAAAGAAAUCGUUAACAGAGAACUAGAUAAGUGGGGAAGUAUGGCGAUCGAAGGCCACUUCAGUGGAGACCUACCGUGGAUGACCAUGGACCGGUA